UUCACCUAUUAGCUAACAGCUAGCUGUGCAAGGAUACCGGAAUAUAUAAAUUCAUGGCUGAAUACUACGUGGAACUGAACAGACAGUUUUCUUUGGUUGUAUGUGACAAGGUUGGAAUAGCAACAUGUCAGAUUGCCAGAGCUUAUGGUUUAAAGGUUUUGGGUACAGCAGGAACUGAGGAGGGCAUGAAGAUGGUCCUGAGAAAUGGUGCUCACCAAGUAUUUAAUCACAGAGAAGCAAAUUACAUUGAUAAAAUUAAGGAAUACACGAGGACGGGAGGAGUUGAUAUAAUAAUAGAAAUGCUCUCUAACAUCAAUCUUGCUGCUGACUUGCAACUGCUGUCCUUUGCAGGAAGGGUGAUGGUAAGUGGUUUUGUCACUUACUUUGUGCAUGUAACACCGCAGUUGAACAGUUACGACUGGAACUCUAUCGUAACUCAUUUGUAACUCAUUUCUGCUUCCUGUGGUUCCAUACUUUAUGCUUACAUGCAUCCUCUCUACCCCAUCAAUACUCUGCACCCACACAGCUCUGAACAGAAUUGUGAGAAAACCGUUAAAAGACGGUUUCAGUCUAUAGUACAAGAGGCACUUGCUCAGCACGAACACCUUUUUGCCUGUACUACAGAUCCUAAAGGACAGUGGUGGCUUCGCUCCUUGCUGUCACGUUCCACCUAGGUGAGGCACUAAGAUCUGCUCUGCAAGGAACCAUGAAAACUGAGCAGCAAAGGUCCCAGAAGAGCAUUUAUAAGGUUCCUCCUGGGAUCCAAAAUUCUGACAAAGGUCUCUGUGCAAUAGCACACAACCUGCUUGAAUCAUUCUAACAUUCCAGCUCUGCAGAGAAGACAAGAAGCUUCCGCUCCAGGACAUCCCUUGUCUGCCUCACGCAGAGGUACAGACAGCACUUUCUAUGAGUUGCUGAAAUACUAAGUGCUUUAGUAGGCGCGGUGCACCUAUUUUACUCUGACCCGAUCACAGGCCUGAAGCCUGAGUAGCUGGCAGUUUCCAUUCUUUGCAGGGUACUGCCUGCGCAACGUUUGACAAAAGGGAAUUGACAGUCUAUCAAAACACAGAGCCCAGGGAAGGAUGACAAAUACUGCUCACAACAAUUCUCUCUCUUGGGAUCAGCACUAUCUCCCUGUCACAAAGAGCACAGCAAGAUCAGAAAAUGUGCAGCAGGAGCACAUCCCAGGUAUUCCCAUACUUCUGACAGAUCUGUCACACCACCAGCUGUGAUUUGCCCAGACUCAGCCUGCAACUCAACAACUCCAGAGAAGCAUUUGGCACGUUUUGUUGCACCACGCUGCACCGUGACUGAAUAGAAAGGCAAAUACAGGAACACUCGCACGUGCCAGUCACUCACAGUUGUGCAGAAAGAC